UCAAGAGCAGACAGUUGGAGCUGUGGGUUGCCUCUACCUCUCUGCUACCAAAGUUUGUGUCACUCUCCUUAUUAUUGAGAGCGAUCUGUAUUUUAAGGAGGUUAUCGAUGGACCGCUGGAGGGGCAGAGUGGCUCUGGUGACCGGAGCUUCGGUCGGGAUUGGUGCGGCCGUAGCGGAGGAGUUGGUCCGCUGCGGUAUGAAGGUGGUGGGCUGUGCCAGGGACGUCGAAAAGAUACAGAAACUGGCAGCUGAGUGUCAAAGUGCAGCCCACAGUGGUGUCCUGGUGCCUUUCAAGUGUGACUUGACCAACGAGGAGGAGAUUGUGUCCAUGUUUGCUGCCAUCAAAGAGCAGCACAAAGGGGUGGAUGUGUGCAUCAACAACGCUGGCUUAGGUCAUCCAGAGUCUCUGUUAAAUGGAAAAACCAGCGGCUGGAAGAACAUGUUGGAUGUGAACGUUCUUGCGUUGUGUAUUUGCACCCGUGAAGCGUAUCAGUCAAUGAAGGAAAGAAAUGUUGACGAUGGGCACAUCAUAAACAUAAACAGCAUGAGUGGACAUCGUGCAGUUUGCAGUGCUGAUGGACAUUUCUACAGCUCCACCAAGUACGCUGUGACGGCCCUGACGGAGGGCCUGAGACAGGAGCUGCGUGAGGCGAACACCCACAUCAGAGCCACAUGCAUUUCUCCCGGUGUAGUGAAGACAGACUUCUUUUCGCGGUUCUACAAAGAUAAUCCUGAUAAAGCUGCUGGUGUAUGCUCUAGAUUUAAGCCCCUGGAAGCAAUAGAUAUUGCAAAUUCUGUCACAUAUGUCCUCAGUGCACCUCCCCAUGUGCAGAUCGGAGACGUUCAGAUGCGACCUGUGGAGCAGGUGUUGUAGUACUGCACCAUGUGAAGGCUGAUUCAGUGUACCGACACAUUCUUCAUCUGACUGGUUUAAGACAAUUAGUAUAUCUGAUCAUGGAAUAACUUUAAAAAUGUCUACUAUGAUUUUUCACUUAUAGAAUAAAAUGUCUGAUUUGAAUAUGAAA